AUGGGAGGGAGCUGCGUUCAGAGGCGCCCCGCCAGCAGGCUGCAGGUACUGUUUCCCUUCCUGCUACCUUUGUUCUACCCCGCGCUCUGCGAGCCGAUCCGCUACUCCAUUCCCGAGGAACUGGCCAAGGGCUCGGUGGUGGGGAAUCUCGCCAAGGAUCUCGGGCUCAGCGUCCUGGAUGUGUCGGCUCGGAAGCUGCGAGUUAGCACAGAGAAGCUGCUUUUCAACGUAGAUGCGGAGAGCGGGGACUUACUGGUGAAGGACCGAAUAGACCGUGAGCAGAUAUGCAAAGAGAGAAGAAGAUGUGAGUUGCAGUUGGAAGCCGUGGUGGAAAAUCCUUUAAAUAUUUUUCAUAUCAUUGUGGUUGUUGAGGAUAUUAAUGACCAUGCCCCUCAGUUCCAUAAAGAUGAAAUAAAUUUAGAAAUCAGUGAAUCUGUAUCUGAAGGUACACGAAUAUCCCUUGACCCUGCCACUGACCCCGAUAUAAACAUGAACUCAGUUAAAGAUUAUCAGAUAAAUCCUAACCCUUAUUUCUCAUUAAUGAUUAGAGUUAAUUCCGAUGGUAGUAAAUACCCAGAGUUAUCUUUGGAGAAGCUCCUAGACCGGGAAGAGCAGCGUUCUCAUCGCUUGAUAUUGACUGCCUUGGAUGGGGGAGACCCACCACGAAGUGCCACCACUCGAAUAGAAAUCUUUGUCAGGGAUGCCAAUGACAACUUCCCGGUGUUCAGCAAAGAUGAAUAUAGAGUCAGUGUUAGUGAAAAUCUGCCCCCCGGAUCCUCCGUGUUGCAGGUGACAGCCACUGACAAAGAUGAAGGGGUCAAUGCAGAAGUAAACUACUACUUCAGGAGUACUGCUCAGAGUACAAGGCACAUGUUCACACUGGAUGAGAAAACAGGUAUGAUUAAGAAUAACCAGUUAUUGGAUUUUGAGGAUACAGAAAGAUACACCAUGGAAGUGGAAGCAAGGGAUGGAGGUGGUCUCUCUACCCAAUGUAAAGUAAUCAUAGAAAUCCUAGAUGAAAACGACAACAACCCCGAAAUAAUCAUCACUUCUCUCUCUGAUGAAAUUUUGGAGGAUACUCCUCCAGGAAUGGUGGUGGUUCUCUUCAAAACACGGGACAAGGAUUUCGGAGAAAAUGGAGAAGUUGUCUGUAACAUAGGAAGGGAUAUUCCUUUCAAGAUUUAUUCCUCUUCUAAGAAUUACUACAAGCUGGUGACAGAUGGACCCCUAGACCGAGAACAGACUCCGGAAUACAAUGUCACCAUAACAGCCACUGACAGGGGCAAGCCGCCCCUCUCCUCCAGUACUACCAUCAUCCUGCACAUCACCGACGUCAAUGACAACGCGCCGGUUUUCCAUCAGGCCUCCUACGUGGUUCACGUGGCCGAGAACAAUCCUCCAGGCGCCUCUAUUGCCCACGUCAGCGCCUUGGACCCGGAUCUGGGACCCAACGGCCGCGUCUCCUACUCCAUCGUGGCAAGCGACCUGGAGCCACGCGCGCUGGCGUCCUACGUGUCCGUGAGCGCGCAGAGCGGGGUGGUGUUCGCGCAGCGCGCCUUCGACCACGAGCAGCUGCGCGCCUUCGAGCUGACCCUGCAGGCCCGCGACCAGGGCUCGCCCGCGCUCAGCGCCAACGUGAGCCUGCGCGUGUUGGUGGGCGACCGCAACGACAACGCGCCCCGGGUGCUGUACCCGGCGCUGGGGCCCGACGGCUCGGCGCUCUUCGACACGGUGCCGCGCGCCGCGCAGCCCGGCUACCUGGUCACCAAGGUGGUGGCGGUGGACACAGACUCGGGACACAACGCCUGGCUGUCCUACCACCUGCUCAAGGCCAGCGAGCCAGGACUCUUCACCCUGGGGCUGCACACGGGCGAGGUGCGCACGGCGCGCGCUUUGGGCGACAGGGAUGCGGCCCGCCAGCGCCUGCUGGUCGCUGUGCGGGAUGGGGGACAGCCGCCCCUCUCGGCCACAGCCACGCUGCUCCUGGUUUUCGCCGACAGCCUACAAGAAGUGCUGCCAGAUGUCAGCGACCGCCCGGCGCCCUCUGACCCCCAGGCUGAACUGCAGUUUUACCUAGUGGUGACUUUGGCCUUGAUCUCGGUGCUCUUCCUCCUCGCGGUGAUUCUGGCUGUUGCCCUGCGCCUGGGACGCUCCUCCAGCCCUGCCGCCGCCUGGACCUGCUUUCAGCCUGGUCUGUGUGUCAAGUCAGGACCUGUGGUUCCUCCCAACUACAGUGAAGGGACUUUGCCUUAUUCCUACAAUCUGUGCGUUGCCCAUACUGGAAAGACAGAGUUUAAUUUUCUAAAGUGCAAUGAGCAGUUGAGUUCAGGACAAGAUAUACUACUUUGUGGUGAUUCAUCUGGGGCCUUAAUUCCACUUCAGGGUGGGCAUGAUUUGACUGCACAUCCUGAGACUCUCACACCGGUGAGUUCCACUUUUGUGAGAGAAGCGCAGCCCGCGCUCAAUCCGGAUUCUCAGGGCUCUGACUACACAAAGCUCCUCAGUUCCUACGAACCGGCUGCAGAGCUGCAGCAAAACUCACUCCAGAAUUUAAGGUGCCUAGGCUACCGAGGCUCUCUGAAGCCAGGGAAAGAAAAAGGAAUCGGUCAAAACACACAACGUGCCCAGUGA